AUGGAAUACCGAAGAGAGCUUCCAGAUCAAGCCAAAGAAAUAAGGUCUUCGUUCCUUCGUUGGAUUCCAAGUCGGGAAAAUACAGUGCACAGUAUACGAGUUUUAGCGGACAAACUCACACACCAUCAUAACAAUGUACGCAUCGCACAAGUCGCCGGAAGCUCCGCUUCGAUUGCUGGGUUUGGGUUUAUGGCAGCGGGAUUCGGUUUUUCUUUUCUAACUGGGGGUCUGUCUCUCGCACUAGCCGGAGCUGGAGCAGUAGUAAGCGUGGCUGGUGGAUUAACCAAUGGAGGAUCAACAAUCGCGGAAUGUUGCAUCAAAAAGGACACUUUUGAUAAUAUUCAGAAAAUCAUUGAAAAGGAUCGUGAGGCUCUGAAGGAAAUACAGGAACUUUGGGGGCAGUUUGAGAAGGACGUCAACAUAAAUGCAGUUAAAAAUGGCGUCAAGGCGGGUGUUCAAUUUGCAUCCAUAAUACAUACUUGCGGACAGACAGGCUAUAAACUGGGAGUCGCGGUUGGCAAGACAGCUAGCAUUACCGGUGGCGACGCUGUGUUCCGCGGCCUCAGCUCUUUCGGAAAAGUUGCUCAUAUUGGUGGCUUCGCAUUCAGCGCUAUCCUUUUGCCAUUCGACAUCUACAACUUGGUUCAAAAUGCGAAGGAAGUCGAUGCGUCUCGAAAUGGCAAAACAGUCCACGAGCCUAACGAGGUGAAGGUUUUGAAAGAGCUGGCCGACAAACUAGCCGAGGAAAUACCGGAUGAAAACAAGAUUGAUGAGAUGAUAGAGAAUUUGAUCAAGAUGAGAAAGCCCACAGCCCCAAUGGAAAUUAUGUGA